UUAUGAUUGUAUGGACAUGUAAUAUACAGUAGCAGUGACUGUACUUUGCGCAGAUUAAUUUUAUGCACUCCACGUUUACGGUCUGAUCUGCAUGUUAUGUUAGAUUUUCCAAACCAUCUAUUGCUACCGCAUUUUAGUUCAUAUUUUUUUUAUUCAAAGAAAUCCGAAAAAUAAGGAAAAUAUUCUUUCACCAUCCAUUGUUAUGAAGUGUACUCUUUUAUAAACAGAAGACCGAUGAUCGGAAGGUCGAAUUAACAAUAUUGUUUAGCUAGCACGUGCAUAUACGCGGUUAAUUUUUUAUACUCCCUGUCGCCAAUUAUUUUGGCAGUAAACUAAUUUGUUUUUCUUAUUAUGGUGUUUCCCCCUUUGUUGCGGUAAAUAUCGGUAAAUAUCUAUAUUUGCAUUUGCAACUUGGAUUGACAUUUUACUGUAUUCUGCCAUGUGGCAGUUUUCUCAAGGCAUGGGUCCACCAGGUUUAGGAUCAAUUCCUCGAGAAACUUUCUACGAUCCCCUGGAAGACGGUCACGGUGAUCGAGAAAACAAGGAUCUGACGCCGGAAGAACGUGUUCGCUUGGAGCAAGAAUGGAAAGAAGAACUCACAAAGACAGAAGAAGAGAUCGAUACCCUGCGACGUGUGCUCAGCUCCAAGCUGCGCCAUGCACAGGAUUUGAAGAGAAAACUGGGGAUUACCGUUUGGCAGGAAGUGCAGUCCGAUCUCGCCGAAGGCUUCAAAACCGUGAAGGAGUCACAGGCGGUUAAAAAGCUUAACGAAGCGGUCGUGACAGUGGAGGACAAAGUAGCGGCUUCGCCUGUAUAUCAAAAAACUUCGGAAUCUUUAAAGACUAUUGGCGACAAAACGGGGGCAAUGUUUCAGUCAUUCAGUGGAGAAACCAGGAAAAAACUUGGUGAACUCAGGAAUACGAAUGCUUUCAAGUCGGUGGAAGGUGCUGUUACAGCAGCGGCAACUGCGGUGCAGAAAAAAGUACAGGAAGUGGCAACUCCCAGUGCGGACCGAGAAAGAACUACUCUGGAAGGUGAACUGCGUGGCGGUGCUGUGUCGGGAGCUACUACACCGACAUCGACGACAACUACGACCACUAUAACUACAGAAAAGAAGGCUUAAUUACCUCUCAGUAGCUGUUGCUCUUUCUUACUAAUUGCCAUUUUAGAUUUCGGUCUGUCCGUUAUUUAUUAAAGGCCAUAGUUUGGACAUUCUUUAUGAGCUUAUUUUGCAUUCUUUUGUGUGACAAAUUUUUGAAUGUGUUUUUUACGCUGGCUGCUUUCGGUCUGUUAUCGCAGUUGUUUUGGUUCAAAACGCGUAGCGUCGCCUUUUCUUACACUUUUUACCGUCUUUGUAAUUAAUUAAAAAAUCAGUUAGCUGG